AACAGUUACUUUGAAUACCAUAAAGCUGCCAAUUCUUAAAGUUUUUCAAUUUUCACAAGAUACGAAGAUAGCAGACCUAAUGAUAUGUUUCAGCAAAGGCAAGAAAAGAAAUUUUAAAAAGAGUUUGGAGAACCAGGUCACAUUUCAGCAAUAUCUCAAGUCCUACACUUUGCAAGAUUUUUCUUCACUCAGAGUAAAAAUUGGCAUUAUACAAAAACUAUUUUCUGAUGGAAGCUUGGAGAG